AUGUCGCGUUGCCAGGCCGUCGUAAGGCCGCUCGCCCGGCAGCUGCGGCCGCAAUGCGUCGUCCGACCCUUCACCACCGCCAUCCCCCGGCCCGCCGAAGUCGAGACGACGCAGACUCCCACCGAGACAAACCCGCUCGACCUGGAUCCCAAUACCGUGCUCCCCGAGUUCGAGGCGCAGGUCAUCAAGGCCGGAAAGAUGCCAAUUGGCUCCCGUCGUCGCCGCGUCGCCAUCCGCACCACCGGCGACCUCCCCUUUGAACACCUGCCCUACCAGGCUUUCCAGGAAGCACGCAAGAUUCUGGCCGCAGACCGGGAGGAGAAGUUGGCGAAGAUCACAAAGGAGGUGGAAAAGAUUGCUUUCCUCGAGAAGAAGGAUCCCAAUGAAGUUCAGGGCGGACAGAAGAUGAAGGACGUCAAGCUGGCUAGUCUGCGGAGACAUGUCGACAAGCUCAAGAUUCUCGCCGACGCCAACGAUCCCAUCGUCAAGAAGCGAUUCGAGGACGGUCUUGGCGACAUGAACAAGCCCAUCUACCGCCACUAUGCCGAAAAGAAGUGGCGCUCCUACGACCACCGCCUCAUCACCCAGCGAAUCAAGCAAUUCAACAUCGUCCCCGAUGUCCUCCCCAAGCUCGAGCCAACCGCCGACGUCCAGCUCUACUUCCGCAAGCUCAAGAUCCCCCCGGGACAGAUCGUCGACAGCCUCGUCAGCGAGAACGCUCCCAGGCUGCGCGUGCAGGUCUUUGACAAGGGCGAGCGUCUGGUCACCGUCGUCGUCGUUGACUCGGAUGUUCCCGACCCGGAGAGGGACACCUUCUCCAAGCGCUGCCACUACUUGGCUGCCAACAUUCCUCUCAGCCCCGCAGACACUUCGCUGCCCCUGAGCAGGAUAAAGGCCGAGGACCAGCUCGCCGUGCCCUGGCUGCCCGCCUUCUCCCAGAAGGGUGCCCCCUACCACCGUCUGGGCAUCUACCUCCUCGAGCAGAAGCCCGGCGAGCGUGUCGACGUAGCCAAGCUCAAGCAGCUCUACUCGAAGCGCGACGGCUUCUCCCUCAAGUCCCUCCGCGACAAGUUCAGCCUCACCCCCUUCGGCUUCAACCUCUUCCGAUCCGUAUGGGACGAGAACACUGCAUCCGUCAUGAAGCGCCACAACAUCGAGGGCAGCGAGGUCGAGUUCCGACCAACGCGUGUGCACAGCAUGAAGCCGCCCGUCAAGCCUCGCGGAUGGGAGGCCAAGCGCCAGGGACCAAAGUACCGCCACCUCUGGAAGUACACCAAGAACAUCAGGGGCAUCUCCAACUCGAGAGGCUGGAUCAAGAGGAGGUAG